AAGAGUAGAGUUUUAUUACAUACAUUUCUUAGCUGUUACUCUAUUCUAACUGGCACUCAAGUUUUUAAUCCAAAAUACCCUCACAAAUCUUCCCAAACCAUGUCCUGAUUCCUCCAUUAACGGUCAUUUCAUCUCUCUCUCUCUCUCAUACACAUUUAUAGCUAUGUAAAUAUACAGGGUCCCAACUUCUUCUUAAAAUCUCUCUCUCUCUCUCUCCUCUCCCUAUGCUGGGAUCUCAAAUUGAAGCUACGCUUUGAAGCUGAAAGGAGCUGAACCCUUUUCACAGUUCUUUCUAAUAUAAGCAUUUCGUUGCUUAUGUUAUACUUAUAUAAUCGUAGCUUGUUUUUUCCUUGAUUCUGUUGUUCCUGUGGCGACUCUGAUCUGGAUAUUGGCUUUAGAUUGUAGCUAGGGAGUUGAGGAUGUUGACGUGUAUCGCUUGUUCAAAGCAGCUUAACAAUGGAUCUCUGCACCAAAGGGAGAGCGAAGAGGAUGAUGCUAUUGAGACGCCCAGGACUAAGCAGGCCAUCAAGGCUAUUACUGCUCAGAUAAAGGACAUGGCAUUAAAGGCUUCAGGGGCUUAUAGAAACUGCAAGCCUUGUUAUGGACCAUCGAACAAUAACCAUAAUGGGAACUAUGUUGAUUCCGAUGCUGCUCCGGAGUCAGCAAGGUUUCACUGCUCAUAUCGUAGGACAGGGAGUUCUAAUUCAACACCGAGAAUGUGGGGGAAAGAGAUGGAGGCAAGACUGAAAGGGCUGUCGAGUGGUGAAGGAACACCUGCAUCAGUUAGUGGGCGAACAGAGUCUAUGGUGUUUAUGGAGGAAGAUGAACCUAAGGAAUGGGUUGCACAAGUAGAACCUGGUGUGCUUAUCACCUUUGUUUCUUUGCCUCAGGGUGGGAAUGAUCUCAAGCGGAUUCGAUUCAGUCGUGAAAUGUUCAACAAAUGGCAAGCUCAAAGAUGGUGGGCAGAGAACUAUGACAAGGUCAUGGAACUAUAUAAUGUUCGACGGUUCAAUCAGCAAGCAGUUCCACUUCCUACUCCACCACGAUCUGAAGAUGACAGCUCAAAGCCUCAAUCUGCCAAGGACAGCCCUGUGACUCCACCACUAGGCAAAGAACGCCCUCGCAACUUUUACCGCCCUACAGGAAUGGGAUAUUCUUCAUCAGAUUCACUUGACCACCAUCCAAUGCAGUCCCAUCAAUAUUUUGACUCGGCAGCUCUUGCUUCAACUCCAAAUCUCUCAAGCAUCAGUGGGGCCAAAACUGAGGCAUCAUCAGUAGGGGGUUCUGCUAGGACCAGUUCGUCAAGAGAGGUAGAUCACUCAGGAGAGCUUUCCAUCAGUAAUGCAAGUGAUAUGGAGACUGAAUGGGUUGAGCAGGAUGAACCAGGAGUGUACAUCACAAUUAGAGCAUUGCCAGGUGGCACUCGAGAACUUAGACGUGUCAGGUUCAGCCGGGAAAGGUUUGGAGAAAUGCACGCAAGGUUGUGGUGGGAAGAGAAUCGAGCCAGGAUACAAGAACAGUACUUAUCAUUUUAGCAAAUUGAUGGGGGAUGGUGUUCAGAAAUUGUGUUACUCCUUUCAACUGAUAUAGUUUAAAUGUUCUAUGGGCAUAGGGACUACAUUGGCAAAGCUAAGUCUCGACUGCACACCGGCCACUUAGUCUACUUAAAGUAUAUCUUCCUUGAUUCUUUUUCCUUGUUUACUUUUCCUUUAAAUUUCAGGUGAAUGAUGUGCAAUGCAAUUGUUUGGAUGCUUUGUAGUUUGGCUAAAAGGGUGAGUGUUAGAAAGCUGGUGGAAAAUGUUAAUUACGAUUUUCAUAUGUUUUUUUAGUAAAAUACUCCCUCUUAAGACUCUUCUCAUUUA